UUGUUUCUAGCCAAAAAUAUGUUCUGACAAUAAGUCAAUUUUUGCUCUCUCUUUCGAAAUGAAAGGAGAAUUUUUAAAUGUGAGGAACAAUUUUCGUUUUCUCCACUUUUUCCUAGUUUCCUCCCUAUCUUCCUCCAUUUUCUCACCGCUUUACUGAUCUCCUUCCCUAUUUUCCUCUUCACCCUUUCCCCUCAUGCUAGUAAGACGAAAAAUUUUUCUGAAAAAAAUCCCUUUUUUUUUUUGUCCCACCGAUGUGAAAUUAGUUACCGGCUCGGAUGAUGCAACUGCUCGAGUUUGGGAUUUUGCUAGAUGCAAUGAAGAAAGAGUUUUGAGAGGACAUGGAGCCGAUGUUCGUUCUGUCGAUUGGCAUCCUACAAAGGCUUUGAUUGCAACUGGAUCGAGAGAUUCUCAACAACCGGUGAAAUUAUGGGAUGCAAAAACUGGGCAGUGCUUGGCGACUUUACAUGAUCACAAAAACUCUGUAAUGGCUGUUCAAUGGAAUAAAAAUGGAAAUUGGCUAUUAACCGGUUCAAGAGAUCACGUAAUUAAACUUUAUGAUGUUAGAAUGAUGAGAGAAGUACAAACCUUUAGAGGGCAUAAAAAGGAAGUUACAGCCCUCGCCUGGCAUCCUGUCCAUGAAGGUUUAUUUGUCAGUGGAGGGGGUGACGGUGCUCUAGGUUAUUGGCUGGUCAAUAAUGAUAAAGAAUUGGCUUUGUUGGAACAGGCACAUGAUAUGGCUAUUUGGACGUUGGAAUGGCAUCCUAUGGGACAUAUUUUGGCUACUGGAUCAAACGAUAACAACACCAAAUUUUGGACUCGUAAUCGUCCAGGAGAUACUCAAGAAGAUGUUUUUGGAAUGACCACAGUUGGAGGUUUGUUCAGCUCUUCAUCUGUUCACAAUUUUGAUGAUGAAAGAGAACCUAUUCCAAUUACAGCAGAGGAAGAUUUAAAUGCUCCACCACAAAUACCUGGUUUGGGAAUUGAUGAACCAAUGCGUAGAGAAAUGAAUAAAGAUUUUGGUACAAUACUUGCAGCAACUUCCCUUCCUGGACUUGGAGGGCCUACAAAUUCUUCAACUUUUGAUCAAAAUAAAAAACAAGGAGGAGGGCAAUUUGGGGGGAGACAACAACCAAAAAGAAAUCAAAGACAAUUUGAGAGAAUGUGGAUGGUUGCCCGGCCCAGUGGCGGUCAAGAAACAUUUGAAGAUUAUGAACAAGAAGAAGAUGAAGACUUACAGCAACAACAACAAUAUUUAAAUAAUGAACAAUCAGGAGGAGGUCCACCUCCCCCACAACAUUUUAAUUAUUUACCACAACAACAACAAAAUCAUUUAAUCCGUCCACCACUUCCUCCUCCCCCACAAUUUUAUCAUCAUCAAACACUUCCUCCUCCACAAUUUACUCGGCCUAGAGGAGGUUUUUAUCCUCAACAACCAAGUCUACAUUCUAUAAAACAAUCACAACAACAACGUCCAAAUUUUCAACGUUUUCCCCCUCCACGAUUUUUUUGA